AUGUCUGGUCGGCCAGUGGCUGAGCAAUUCGUUGGCGGAUGGAAACAUCCGACAUCCAAGCCGACUGUUGUGAAGAUCUGGAGAGUAUGUUGUGAAAAGGCGCAUAAUGAUAAGUUUUCGCGUUAUAAGCUGGCUGUCGAGCGCCGAACAAAUCUGCCUGGUGGCAACAGUCACCGGCGCUGGCAUGGCACAGCACGCGCUUGCCUUCUCGGUGACAACGAACAGGAGAUGGCACUGUGCCUGUCUCCUAGUUGUUCCCUUUGUGGUAUUUUGCGAUCGUCAUUCCAGGUUUCCCUAGCGGGUCGAGCAACAGCUUUCCAACGGUUUGGUCGAGGCAUAUAUGCCUCUGCGACUUCUUCCAAGGCGAAUGACUAUGUCCAAGAAAUCGGUGGAUCUCCGUACAGAGCAAUGCUUCUGAAUGAUGUGGUAGUAGGGAAUGGUAAGAAGAUGUUCAAUGACGAUCUCUCUCUCACUCAGCCUCCUUCUGGAUUUGAUUCUGUUCUGGGCGAGCCCGGAGGUGGAUCUCUUAACUAUGACGAAACCGUCGUUUACCGAAAUGAUGCCAUUCGUCCAAUGUUCUUGAUAAUUUACCGAUCUUGA